AUGAGGUGGAAGUAUGCCGCAUGGAUAUUAAUUGCUGUAGUCGAUGUAAUGUGCUGCUCCUCGGAAGAAAAGAGUGCCAGUGUCUCCUUUGUAACGAGGCCAGGAAGUCAAGUGAUAGCAUUCCCGUUUAUCUUCGUAGGACAUAGUAUUGUUGUAUUGCCAACAACGAAGUACAGUAACUUGAAGAGAAAUGCCAAGAGCAUGGAAGACCUUACUUUUCUACUCUCUAAUCUCUCUCAUGUUGUGUGGAGCCUCACGAUCGAUUCCACGGUAUACAAAGAUGGUGGCAGACUUGAGAAGCUGUUUGACAAAAGAAUGAGAGGUUAUCUGGACGGUGUGUCCUUAGAUGUAUUAAGAAUGUACGUCAACGGAAGCAAAACCUUUAGCGAGUUGUUGCAAAUAGUGUAUGAAAGGACAUUUGAAUGUGAUUCUAGGAGAAGUAGGCAGAUGGCAAGAUAUGGAGAGAGUCUUAUAAGGGAAAUUGACAACAUGAUAGAAAGCAUGCCUGCCGAGAUGUCUGAAGAAGAAAAAGAGAAGAUGCGAAGUGAUUUGAAUAAUAAUAGGAAGUAUGUGGAGUCUUUUCAUGAUACAGAAAAAUGGAGGCAGGUAGUUGAGGCAGAGAAGAUGGUGUGCAAUACAUGCAAGGAGAUCUGCCUUGGGUUGAAAGAGGAGGAGCUGAUGGGACUGCUAGCUGAGGGGAGUGCGAAAAAGUAUAUAAAGGCAAGUGCUGGGGAAAGCGAGGUAAGUAGUACGGUGUAUCCAGAAUAUAUCGUUGUUGACAUUAGCCUAUUAUUAGAUGCACACAGAGAACAUGGAGGAGAUGUUACAAAGGAGUUAGUCAAGCAGAUGCUGCUGGGGAAGAAGGAAGAGGAGAUAGACAAGAGGUAUAUCGGUAAGGUCGCGAAUGCAGUCAAGGAAAGGCGGAGAAGAGGAGAAAAAGAGAUAGAAAAGAGAGUGAAAAAGCUGCUGAGGGACGAGGAGAAGGCAAAGAGCAAGAAGAGGGGGAAGAGGAAGAGUGUGGGAGUCUCCGAGGCCAAGGAAGAAGAGAAGAAGGAGAGCGAGACAGAGGAAGUUGAGGCAGGUGAGGAAGUGGAAAUGCCGUCCGAGGAGGUUGGAGGAGCACGCAGGAAGACAGGUAAGAAAAGUGAGGGUGGCCGGAAGCGCUACAAGAUCCACAGAAGGGUUCUUCGGUGGAGAAAGAGCCCAGAGAAGAUCAAGGAGGAGUGGGACAAAGGAAGCGAGGAGAGGUGGAGGGGAAAGUCUCUUGAAGAGAUCAGGGAGCAGAAGGUGUUCCAUGACAUAAUGGGUGUGCUGGAACUUCUCAGGAGCCCAGAUGCAGACAGGUUCUUCAUGGAUACAGGAGAUUACACCAAGGGCGGGAGUGAGAGGCAGAGGAUGGUGGCGAUUGGGGUUCUUGAGAGCGGAGGAAAGAGGAUGCUAGGAGUGGUGGAGGUUGGGACGUUCAAGGACUGUCCUAGUGGAUGCCCAGUUGUGUACCACCUGAUGUUCCGGGUUACGGGGAUAGAGGGGAUGGGAGAUGUUAUGAGACGGGGGGGGGGCAAUCUUGGUGAGGCGAGCGACGUUGAGAAGAUAGAUGAGGAUAAGGAAUACCAGGAUGCGGGCAAGUUUGUGUAUCCAAAAGGAGUAACGUUUGAAACGGUGAAGGAGACAGGAUCAUUCCAGAUAGUGUGGGGGAAUCCUUCAAACACCUCUGAGGUUCUCCGGCGUCUCACGAUUCAGUGCAGACCAUGUGUGAUCUGA